GUUUUGUGCGAAGUUUUAAGGAAGCAGCUGCGUGGAACCUGAAUAUUUUUAAAAAAAAACAUCUGUAAUUUCCUAUACAGCCUUGGCUGUUCGGGAGACUACCGAGACUUGUAUGAUAUGAUAAUAUCUCAAUAAACUGGUUCGACAUCAACAUGAGCCAGUGGCGAGUCGUUUUACUCGGUGUCAUGUUAUCGUGGAAGCUACAAACAGCAUCAACCCAAACCCAUGAAGUGGUGUGUCCUGGUACGCAGAACGGACUGAGCUCCACAGGCUCUCAGGAGAAUCAGUACAACCUGAUUAAGGACCGGUAUGAUGGCUGUGAGAUCAUCAUGGGAAACCUGGAGAUCACUCAGAUUGAGAGUAACUGGGACUUCUCCUUUCUCAAGACAAUCCGCGAGGUGACUGGCUACGUCCUCAUUGUUAUGAACCACUUUCAGGAGAUUCCUUUAGGGCAACUGCGGAUCAUCAGAGGGAACAGCCUGUAUGAAAGGCGCUUUGCCCUCUCGGUCUUUUUCAACUACCCCAAGGAUGGCUCCAACGGCCUGCAGCAAUUGGGGCUUGCAAAUCUAACAGAGAUUCUGGAGGGAGGAGUGCAGAUUAUCAACAACAAGUACCUGAGUUAUGGCCCCUGGAUCAUCUGGCAAGAUAUCAUCAGGGACAACAGUGCUCCUAUUGAAAUCCAGUACAACGGAGAGAGAGGCCCAUGCCACAAAUCUUGUGGAGAUUACUGCUGGGGGCCUAAUGAAGACCAGUGUCAGAUCUUGACUAAGACGGUGUGCGCUCCACAGUGUAACGGCCGCUGUUUUGGGACGAGCCCCAGGGACUGCUGUCACAUAGAGUGUGCAGCGGGAUGCAAAGGCCCUCUGGACAUAGACUGUUUUGCAUGUCGUCAUUUCAACGACUCCGGAGCCUGUGUGCCUCAGUGUCCGCAGACUCUGAUCUAUAACAAGCAGACGUUUCAAAUGGAGACCAACCCUAAUGCAAAAUAUCAGUACGGAUCCAUCUGUGUCUCUCAGUGCCCCACCCAUUUUGUUGUGGACGGUAGCUCCUGUGUGAGCGUCUGUCCUCCAGACAAGAUGGAGGUGGAGAGAGAAGGCCAGAGGCAGUGUGAGCUCUGCAGUGGACUCUGCCCAAAAGUGUGUGAAGGAACAGGUGCUGAACACAGACAGACCGUAGACUCCAGCAACAUUGACAGCUUCGUCAACUGCACCAAGAUCCAGGGCAGUCUUCACUUUCUGGUCACAGGGAUUCUUGGAGAUGACUUUAAAAAGAUCCCGCCCCUGGAUGCCAAAAAGUUGGAAGUGUUCCGAACCGUCAGAGAAAUCACAGAUAUUCUAAACAUCCAGUCGUGGCCCAGAGAGCUGAAUGAUCUGUCUGUUUUUUCGAGUCUCACUACCAUUCAAGGGAGGUCGCUCUACAAACGCUUUUCUCUGAUGGUGAUGCACAUCCCGACUCUUACCUCGCUGGGUCUGCGCUCCCUCCGUGAGAUCAGUGACGGCAGCGUGUACAUCAGUCAGAAUGCCAACCUCUGUUACCACCACACUCUAAACUGGACACAGCUGUUCAGAGGCCGCAGAGUUCGAGUAGACAACCUCAACAACAACAGGCCGCUGGCAGAGUGUGUUGCAGAAGGCCAUGUGUGUGACGCACUGUGUUCGGACUCGGGUUGCUGGGGCCCGGGGCCUGACCAGUGUCUCUCCUGUAGGGACUACAGCCGAGAUGGCACAUGUGUGGGCAGCUGUAAUUUUUACACUAGAGCUCCACGGGAAUUUGCAGGGCCCGACGGCGAGUGUGUCGCCUGUCAUCCGGAGUGUAAGGCUCAGCAUGGGAAAGCCAGCUGUACUGGACCGGGUGCAGAUGAGUGUGUGGCGUGCGCCAACCUCCGAGAUGGUCCUUACUGCAUGUCCUCGUGUCCCACUGGAGUAAAUGAUGGACAGAAGGGGCUGAUCUUCAAAUACCCCAACAGGGAGGGUCACUGUGAACCCUGCCAUCACAACUGCACACAGGGAUGCUCCGGCCCAGGAUUAAAUUAUUGUUUAGAGACAGUCAGACUGGCAGUUAGCAGUGGUCAGAUCACAGGUAUAGCUUUAGGUUUGCCGGCCGGCUUGAUUUUCUGCCUGGUGUUGUUUUUCCUGGGCGUGCUGUACCACCGAGGCCUGGCCAUUCGUCGCAAGAGAGCCAUGCGGAGGUACCUGGAGAGUGGAGAGAGCUUUGAGCCACUGGGUCCCGGAGAAAAAGGUACCAAGGUUCAUGCCCGCAUCUUGAGGCCCUCAGAGCUGAAAAAAAUCAAAGCCCUUGGCUCAGGAGUUUUUGGAGUAGUGCACAAGGGAUUUUGGACUCCAGAGGGAGAGACAGUGAAGAUCCCCGUGGCCAUUAAGACCAUCCAGGAUAGCUCAGGGCGACAGACCUUCACUGAGAUCACUGAUCAUAUGCUGUCCAUGGGCAGCCUGGACCACCCAUACAUCGUUAGGCUGCUGGGCAUCUGUCCAGGUGCCAGUCUGCAACUGGUGACCCAGCUCAGUUCACAGGGGUCCUUACUGGAGCACAUCAGGCAGCACAAGAACAGCAUGGACCCCCAGCGCCUGCUCAACUGGUGUGUGCAGAUUGCUAAGGGUAUGUACUACCUGGAGGAACACUGCAUGGUCCACAGGAACCUGGCUGCCCGCAACAUCCUGCUGAAGAAUGACUACCAGGUCCAGAUCUCUGACUACGGUGUAGCUGACCUCCUUUAUCCUGAUGACAAGAAAUACGUCUACACUGACACCAAGACACCCAUAAAAUGGAUGGCACUCGAAAGUAUCUUGUUUCGAAGAUACACUCAUCAAAGUGAUGUUUGGAGUUAUGGGGUGACAGUGUGGGAGAUGAUGUCAUUUGGGGCCGAGCCGUACGCCUCCGUGCAGCCGCAGGAGGUGCCGAGUCUGCUGGAGAAGGGCGAACGUCUGUCACAGCCCCACAUCUGUACCAUAGAUGUCUACAUGGUCAUGGUCAAAUGUUGGAUGAUUGAUGAAAAUAUAAGGCCGACCUUCAAAGAGCUGGCCAGUGACUUUACUCGUAUGGCAAGAGACCCGCCUAGGUACCUUGUCAUCAAGCUGGAAGGAGGAGAAGUGGCCUUGGAAGAAAUCCAUCGAAGAGAAUCAGAGCGGGGACUUCUGGAUGCAGAUUUAGAAGACCAAGAUGAGGAGGGAUUGGCAGAUGGUUUGGCUACCCCUCCUCUUCAACACUCUCCAUCUUGGAGUGUGUCUCGUUCACGGAUUAAUUCUUACAGGAGUGGCACCUCUCAGGCUGGACCUAUCGGAUACCUGCCAAUGACCCCCAGCCCUGUGGACAGCAUCCGCCAGUUGUGGUUUCAGAGGUCUCGUCUGAGCUCAGUGCGGACGCUGCCUGAGAGGUCAGAGGUCAGGGGGAGUAGCAGAGACGCAGAGCUGCAUGAGGAGGGCUUGCAGACAGGGAGUCUUCACAGGGCCAGAUUUGGCUCCGAGAGGGGUAAUCCUCGUAUAUCCAUCGGCCGGCACAGGAAGCUUUCAACGGCAUCAAGUCCAUCGUCAUACAAGGUGUGGACGGCAGAGGAAGAGGAAGAGGUGGACAACUAUGGCUACGUCCUGCCUGGGUCACCUGGCACUCCAGAGAGAGUCUCUAAAGUCUCUCAUUCUGGGCGAAGAAACUCAAGACUGAAGAAUAAUCCGUCUCUGGUGGUGAUUCAUCCUUCCCAGGAGUAUGAAAUCAUGAGCAAAGAGUCUCCUCCUUGCUCAACCAGAGGUAUGUCAUCUCAGCCAGCUGCCGCUUCGGUGGCACUUUGCAGUAAAACCUCACCUUUACCUUCUCCGACCUUCAUGGCUUCAUUACCUGUAGAGGACACAGCAGUUGUGGAAACACUGACACCAAUCUCACCUGCAAGGAGUAAGCAAGUAGGUGAGGACUGUGAGGGAACUGUGGCAGAGCAAAGAGACUCCACAGAGAAACAUCAGCUACCUGGGGACUCUGAGGGGGGGAUCGGAGCUGUGGAAGACCAACUAGAGGCAGCCCAAGGGAUAUGCAGGUAUGAAUACAUGGAUAUAAGGUGCUCCUACUCUACGCAGAGAGAGGAUCCAGCAUGGGAGAGACGUGGGAGUCAAACAUCUGCAAAGAGUGCGGCAGAGACAGAGGAAACAGACCAAAUAGUGGAGGUGCUGAAGAAAGAGCAUGAGGAGGAAGACGAAGAGGAGAAGUACCACAACACAAAUAAACAACCCCCACAUCAGGGGAAUCUGAGUGGUACAGUCAUGCCCAGGCCAGAUGUGCUCACAGCUGGGGGAGAAAAGGUGGAGGAGUAUGAGGAGAUGACCAGAUUUGGAGUGGUGCCCAGUGGGUGGGAGCAGGCAGACUACCAGAACCUCCCGGCGAAGGGGAGGGCUGUUUCCGAGGAGAUGGGCAGUGGCAGGUGUGCAGGGAUCGGGGGAUACAUCAAGGUGUGUGCUGGCAUGGGGGAGCCUGGCAGCAACACAUCGUUUGACAACCCAGACUACUGGCACAGCAGACUGUUCCUCAAGCCAGAUGCUGUACGCACCUAAUAAUGUGGACUGGGACAUACUUACUGUCGCAGUGACUUUAGUUCCUGUCAUAAAUUUUUGGUAGUUUUGCCAUUUUUACGGCUUUUUUCUUUGAGUUCCAGCCCCCAACAAGCUUGGAAAGAUAAAAGUAAUGAAAGAAACACACCCUUGAAUCUCAUUCCACAAUUUUAUGGUGCAGUGAAAUACAUGUUUAUGAACUGUGAAUUGGCACAUAACAACAAAAUAAAGGUUAUAGAAGGCAUGAACUAAAUAAAGAGUACUUUACAUCACAUGCUUCACUGUUACAAUAAUUGUGUAAUUGGUAGGUGUAGGAUUAGGUGUUCCAGUCCCAUUUCUGUGGAGAAGUCUUUUUGUACAAUUUAUUAUAACAUGAAUUAUCAAAUAAACAUAUACAUACGAUUAUUUUUGCAACGAUCCAGACAUUUGUGUUA